GUAUAUCAUCUCCACAACCAAAGUUCAGAAGAAAAAAGAUCCAGGGGCUUUUACUAUUCCUUGCACUAUUGGUCAUCAUGAUUUUGCACGAGCUCUUUGUGAUAAUGGGGCUAGCAUUAACCUAAUGCUGCUUUUUAUCUACAAGCAAUCACGAUUCGGGAUGCCUAUGCUAACUAGAAUGCGGUUACAGAUGGCCGAUAGAUCGAUAAAGAAGCCGGUUGCGGUUGUUGAUGGUGUUCUUAUUCGAGUUGGUGAUUUUCUUCUCCCGACGGAUUUUGUGAUUCUUGAUUGUGCAGUGGAUAAAGAUAUUCCAAUCAUAUUAGGAAGACCUUUCGUUGCUACAAAAAGGGAUCUCAUGGAUUCAGAGAAAAUGAAAUCAAGUUUCGAGUGA